AUGAUGGCUGUGUCCUGGUCAGACCGAAACAACGUUCUCAUCUAUAGGACUUUCGAAGAGUUUAAGAAAUUCCACAAAGUACUGAAGAGAAAAUUCCCCAUAGAAGGUGGUGUACUGAAGAAAUCUGACCGGAGCAUUCCAAAGUUUAAAGAUGCAAAACUGAUGCAGAGAAAGAGCAGGAAUUUGAGCAGGUCAAUGGAGAGAUUGAAACUGCUAGAGACUUACGCCCAGGAGCUGCUGAAAGCGGAUGCUAAAGUCUCCCAGAGCGAAGAUGUGAUCCAGUUUUUCAAAGCGCAAACCCAAGACCUAGAUCCUUCCUUUCCAGAAAACAGCAUUAUAAUUAUGCCCUCAGAAAUGAGAGAGGGAAAGAAAGACCAGGCCAAGCAGCAGAACCCCUCUGUUACUCAGCCAGUGGUCUCCCAGAACUACAGCUGCCUUGAAGCCUAUGAAACUAAAGACACAAAGAACAGGCCCUUCAAAGUUGCCAAGAAGGAAAUUGUCGAAGUGUUAAUCAAGGACAUGACCGGGUGGUGGCUGGUGGAGAACAAGGAUCAGCAAAUAGCCUGGUUCCCAGCUCCGUAUCUGGAGGAGAGAGGAACUGGGGAGGAGAAUCUGAAUGCCAGAGAACUGGAUGAGGAGGGGACUCUGUACUACGCCGUGCGGGCCUACAAGUCUCAGAAGGCCGAUGAGCUCUCUCUGAAUGUCGGGGUAGUUGUGGAGGUGCUAGAGAAAUCUGACAAUGGCUGGUGGCUGAUCUGGUACAAUGAGCGCACUGGCUACAUUCCCUCCAUGUUCCUCCAGCCGUAUAAGAACCCGCACAGCAAGUUCCAGACGAUGGUGAACGCUGGCCUCUGCAUCUCCACCCCUAACCUGUUGCAGGCCGCCAGCCCCUCCAGCUGGAGUUCCCUCCCCCAGCGCAAGACGCCGGCAGGGGACGUGCCCCCCACUCGCUCAGCGCAGGAGAGGCCCAUAAAGAGCAGGGAUCCUCUGAGCAGAACGAGAUCGAGAUCUCUGAGCGGCCCGCGGGCUGGGGCGGAGAGUGCAGCCAGCUCCAGCCUCACGUGUGAGCUAGACAGUCUGUCUGUUAGUUCAGGGAGCGGGAGCGAACACGGCUUCAGCCGGGAUCGGAAGGCAGGCUCAUCAGGGUCUUUGCCUGGAGUCAAGCAGGCCGUGGCUGGCCUCCUGCAAGCGAGCCUAGGUCAAGCCUCGUCCAGUCAAAGCAGCAAAGCUCCUCACCUCACCAGCAAGGAUAGGAAUGAUUCUGGCUUUGAGGAGGAGUCUCCAAGUGACUCAGAUUCUUUCCUUCACAGCCCAGACUCUUCCGCCAGCGUCCCCAAGCUGCCGGCGCGACCCGCGGUCCAGGAAAUCCUCCAGAAAUGCAGCACUGUGACCAAGAGAGCCGUGCAAAGGGCUGCCCCCAGGCCAAACCUGCAUUCCUCACCUCACCUCCACCCCGGAGGGGAGACGUGUGCGAAGCCGAUGGAUGCUCUAGCGCACGUGUGCCUCAGAUGAGAUUCCGUUAUCGCCCUGAGCUGCAGGGAGGAGUCUGCAGCGGCUGAA